AUGAUCAUAUCGCGGUCUAAGCACCGCUCUUCGGUGGAAGUGUGUGCGGAUUGCGGUGCAUCAGAUCCGUCAUGGGCUUCGAUAAACCGUGGGCUGCUGCUGUGUGCUGAAUGCUGUAGUGUUCACCGUAGUAUGGGAAGACAUAUCUCCCAUGUUAAAUCCCUGCGCCAGGGGUCCUGGCCACCGUCACUGUUAGCUAUGGUGCAAGCACUGACAGCUCAGAACGUGAACUGCAUCUGGGAACAUUCCUUACUGGACACUUCAGCCCCAAAACACCUUCGCAAGAAACCUCAACCUAAAGACCCAUUACACCCAGUAAAGUCAGAGUUCAUUCUUGCAAAGCACUUAAGGCUAGCAUAUGUACUGAGAGCUAGAAGAGAUGAGCCACCUAGUGAGCUUGGCAGACAGUUGCACAGUGCUGUCAGGAGCUCCUCAUUAGACACAGCAAUGAGGCUUUUGGCACAAGGAGCUGAUCCUAACUACUACAAUCAGGAAAAGGGUACAACUUGUCUCCAUGUGGCCUGUCGAGCUGGUCAACCAGCCCAGGCUGAGUUACUAGUAGCUUGGGGAGCUGAGCCCACUGCACGCGACCACUCUGGAAACAUGCCUGCUGACUGCGCCAGACAGGGCGGUCACACAGAGCUAGCAGAUCGUAUGACAGAACUAGUGUAUGAGGCUACCGACCGUAUGAUAUACUUCCUGACGGGUGAGAAACCAGACCAUGCGUCCGGGAGACACUACAUAGUGCCACGGGCGCAUGACACGCAUGAGAUGACUGAUGUCGCGAAGGCCGCGAGGGGCAAGCUGCAGUUGCUUCCAAAUCAUCUAUUCGAAGAGCUUGUUAUGGACAUAUACGACGAAAUCGACCGCAGAGAAACAGAAGCCAUCUGGCAGACAAGUGCGACGGGUUUAGAGAGGUCAGGCGUGGUGUUCCUGCCAGUGAACCCCGCCCUGUCAGCGCCCCGCAACCAGGGUAGACAGAAACUAGCCAGACUGUCCACUGCAGAGAUGGCCACCUUACUAAGAGACGUACUCGUAGACGCUACUAGAAGACAACAUAUUGCCACGUUACAGCCGCGAGCUCCCACAACCUUGAUGAAUCCCCUACUGUCAGCGAGCCACUUGAAGCACUUCUCGCAGAUGUCUGAUGACGAGCCUCUAUACGACUCAGUAGCCUCCGACGAAGACUACGCUGCUUUAGCACCUAUAGACUUAGAUUUGUCGAGCGUGGUGCCUCGUGCGGGUGAGACAGUAUCCUCAACAUACAACCCGUCCCUGCCACUCGAGCACUCCUCCAUCAUGGACAUACGCCGCACUCAGUCUCCCAGCAACUUCACACACUCCGCCAUACCCGAACAAACCACGGAAAUAGAAACAUUGAAGAAGGAAAUACACACUAAAGACUCCACCAUCACCGAACUCAAGAACCAACUGAAGAGCUUACAAACUAUUGUGGAACAACUCACCAAGGAAAACAGUGUUCUUAAAACAACCAGUAGCGUAGAUGAUGAUCAGAGUAUGACGUCACAGAUGUCGAUAAACGACAGCUCUAGUAACGCUCUAGAGUCUUCUAAAGCGCAAGAGAGAGGCAAAAGUCUCGAGACCGAGCAUUUCACCCGGGCGGAAGAAGUCGAUGGCAAGUUGUCGUUGAAACCUGCGCAGCGACCGGUCAGUAUGUAUGAGACUAGAGAGGGACCAAAGAAUAACUGGCAGGUUACUAAACACCAGCUGACGACGCUAUCAAGCCUGGAGAGGUCGCUGUCUCCUCUAUCGCUGGGCGCGGAGGGGUCGGAGGAAGCGAGCGCGCUGCCGCCGGCGGAGCUGGUGCAGCGGCGCGCGGAGUCCGUGACGCGCGCCAUCUCGGAGCUGUGGGCGGCCGCCCGCGACCAGCACCCGCGCCUGCAGCAGCGCGGGGACUCCAUACGACACGCCGUGCGGGCGCUACUCGCACUCUUCCCACAGACGAACACGGACGCGGAGCUGUCCCUGGUGCUGGGCGAGCUCCGUGCGGCGUGCUCGGAGGUGUCGCUGGCGUGCUCGGCGCCGUCGCCGCUGAACGAGGUGCGCGCGGCGGCGUACGACCUGGCGAAGGCGACCAAACUGCUCGUCACUCACUUCCAGCCCGACUCAUAG